GCAGCAGCAGAGUGUUGCUAGCAGGGGGGAUCAUGGUCCUGAGCCGCUACCUCCUGCUGCUCUUUCUCGUGGCCCUGCCAGCCCAGAAUGCCCAGAGUGCUCCAGCAGCUGGGCAGGGAGCAGUUGUGGACACAGAGAGUGCUCUUUCAGCCCCUGAGCGAGGGGCAGAUACCGUGCUGACUCCGAGCUGGUACCUCAAGCGGAUGAACGAUGACAAGGUUCCUGAAGAGUUCCCUGAAGGAUUGCCGGAUGUUCCAGAGGAGCUCCUGGCAGCCUUGCAUGAAGCCCCAUCUGAGACAGAUUCUGAGACUGUGCCGGAGACCUUAGCUGUGGAAGAAAGUGACAUUGUGCCAGGCUCACAUGAAAAAAGAGAACCAAUAGAGGACACCAGGACACUUGCUGAGCCUGAGGAAUAUUCAGGGUCAUCCGGUGGGCAAAAAGCCGAGACUGCUGGACACUGUGACCCGAGCAAGUACUACAUCCUAGUAGGGACAGUAGCAGCCUCAGCUUUGCUUCUGCUUGGGGCAGUGUCUGGCUAUCUAGUCAUGCAUCAGCUGCUGAAGAGAGACAGGAGGAGCCAGGAGGACAAAGAGGCAACAGGACAGGACUGGGACUCUUCCUGGGAAAGCUGUGGUCAGCCUAGAGGUGAAGCAGAGUCAGGAGAAGGAGCCGGAAGCUGCGAGAGAGCCCAAGGCAACGGGUUCAGGGACAGCUGCCGCCUGUUUCCUGAGCUCUUUGCAGCAGAGCUCGCCCAGCUGUACAAGAACAUGAGCGCAGACCCGUCACCUCUGCCCACCUGCUCCUUCUGUGCUCUGGCUGACAACACCUCUUCACGGGACCACUGGAUUUCCCUGGAGUCACCUCAGCCCACAGCAUCCUCUUGCCCCUCCUACCAAUACCAGCAGGACUACUAUCUCUUAGAGGAUGAUGAUUAGUGAUAGUGAUAGAUGAUUAGUGAUAGUGAUAGCCAUAAAUAGUGAUAGUGGUAGUGAUUCUUUUAGUGAUAGUGAUAGGGACACUUGAUAUUAGAGGGUGGUGGUUGUUUUAAUGAUAGUGAUAGUUAAUAUUAGAGGAUAGUGAUGGUUUUAAUGAUAGCGUUAUUUGAUAUUAGGGGAUAGUGAUUGUAUUAGCGAUAGUGAUAGUUAAUAUUGGAGGAUGGUGAUUGUUUUUGUGAUAGUGGUACAUUUAGUGAUAGUGAUACUUGGUAUUAGCAGAUAAUGAUUGUUUUCUUGAUCUUGAUAAAUAAAUAUUUUUCCAAAAGCAGUAAAUUCUUGCCUGGUGCGGCUGUUUCUGUUGGGGCAGAAUGCACAGAGCUGGGAGCAGGGCUGGG